CAUAUGUCUACGGCAGCAUUCUAGAUCUCCCGCGUCCGGCAAUUAGCCGUCACAAAAUGGCAUCCCCGGUGUAGACGGUGAUCGGUAAUGCCUGACGCUUGUUUCCGAGGCGCCGCUCCUCUGAGCGGAUCUCUACCACUUCUUAGAUAACGUAGCCUGCCGCGAAUGGUCUUAGACCACGCCAUCACCAGAAGCCUGUGCACUUGCGGCCUGCCAUCAGGAUGAUCCAGUGCAUUUUCUACGCCCGGUUCCUGCCGCAGGAGGGCACGAGCAUCGUGGCCCAGUCGCCGCCGGGGUGCAUGGUGGCGUCCGAGUCGUCGCCCAACGCCAAGCCGCCGCUCCUCGACUUUGACAUUAUCCAGGAGUACAUUAUCCCGCGCAAGGCCUUCUUCAACCGCUUCAUGACGGUCAACUCGCCCGACGGCAAGUACUCGGUCCUCGGCUUCCCCGUGUCCAUCCCGCAUGAGCGCUACCACCGCAACGAGUUCAUCUUCAACUUUGGCAUCGUCGUCGACGCCGAUGCGGACCAGAUUCCCUACGAGCGCCUCGUCCGCCGGCUGGCCGUCACCUUUGCCGAGAUGGAAAGGCAGACGGGCUAUCUCAGCUCUGCCGUCAACACGGCCGACGGCGAGGGUGCUGUCGUGACGGACAGCGGGCGGCGACCCAUCGAGAGCCUGCUGGAGAUUGUCAAGGAGGACCUGAACAACUACGGAGAGUGCAUGAUUCCUGUUGACGACGUCAACACGCUCAACAUGAAGCUCUUCCCCCACCACCCCAAACCCGCUCCAGUCAAGGGCUGGCACGUCCCUGUGCCCAAGAUGAAGCUGGCCGACCUUGUAGACCCAACGUGGGAUCUUACCCUACAGAAGAUCAUCCCCUUUGUCGACGGGGUGAAUGACGUCCGCCGGAUUGCCUGGCUGGCCGAUGUGUCCCUGCCGCUGACUCAGACAGCGCUGCAGCACCUGCUCUACUACGACACAAUCCUGCUGCUCGACAUGUUCUUCUUUGGCAGCUGCUACGCCCCGAGGCCGGGGAUCCACGACUUCAUUGCGAACCGCGACGAUAUUGUCGAGGAGUGCGCAAACUACGUGUGCCUGUCCUCCCUCGAGCGCCCCGGCACGACCGGGUCCGGCAGCAGAAGCGGCGGCGGUGGUAGCAGCUCCGCCAUCCCGGAGUCGUCCCCAGAGACCCCGACUCGCUCAACCGGCGGGAAAUCGCAACAACAUGGCCAAGCACAAACAUCAUCCACAAGAGGAGAGGCAUCGACCACCUCCCCUCACCAAAUCAGAAACACAUCCUCCUCCUCCGCCUCCUCCUCAGCAAACCGACCGCCCACCACCACCACCGGCCCCUUCUCAGGCAAGGUGUCCAACUACCAGCUCAUCCGCCUGCUCACAACCUUCUGCGUCGGCCGCAGCGUGAUGGAGUGGAUCAAGCUGCACCACGACGCCGGGUUCGACGUGCUCGCGCACAUCGACGUCCGCCGCCUCGUCCAGUUCGGCGUCAUCAAGGGCCUGCUGUACCGCGUGCACAAGUACGUCGUCUCCAAGCAGUACCUCGCCAUGCUCGCCUCGGGCCAGGCCCGCCCCGCCGCCGCCGCCACCGACCUCUCCGGGCACGGGAACAUGCAGGAGGACGUGUAUGCGGACAAUGUCACCGCCGUGGACCCGGAUGAUGUCGACAUGAAUGACGAGGACACUGCCGCCAUGGACCCGCAGGGGCAGUUCCGCCACGGGUCCAUCUCCGCGAGGGGGGAAGGAGGAGGAGGAGCAGAAGGGGAGAGCGGUGCGCCGUUGACGAGGCGCCGGUCCUCGCAGCUCCAGAAGCAGCAGGAGCGGCAGAAGCAGUCCCAGCAGCAGUCGGCAAACUUCCGCAUGGGCGACCCGCUGCAAAAGUACACGGACGGGUGUCACAGCUUCGACCAGAUCAUCACGGAGCAGAACCUGACAGACGCCGAGAUUAUGGAGAGGCUUAAGAGGCUGCAGGCGCCGACGGGGGACUUGGCGGUGUUUUAUCGUUGAAUGGAAGGUAUGGAAAUGGAUUUGGGGUCUGCAUGGUGAUACCACUCGGGUUGGCUAAACAACGAUGCACCCAUCGUGUCAUUUGACUACCUGAUCAUCGUGCUGAAAUCAGUGCGUUGAGCUGAUUGGGAUAUAUGUAUGAA